AUGACAUUCGGAGCCGGGGGCCAUUCCAGGGCUCUUCUAGAAUCUUGUCAAGAUAUUUCGGUCUUCUGUCUUGAUCGGGAUCCGCAGGCAAUGACGUUUGCCACAGAACUGUCUAACUCAUUUAAAGGCAAGGUUUUCCCCGUUCUUGGCAAAUUCAGUGACUCAGAAUCCCUUCUUACUCGGAGUGGAUGUCCAAAGGGUGGCGUGGAUGGCGUCGUCAUGGAUCUCGGCGCCAGCUCCAUGCAGUUUGACAUUCCACAACGCGGUUUUGGACUAAGCAGAGACUCUCCCCUUGAUAUGCGAAUGUCGGCUAGUUCUAAGUGA